AUGAACCAAAACAUGGCGGCUGCCAUGGAGCUGAGAUGCUGGGGAGGAGACUGGGGUUUGCCUUCUGUCCACAGCGAGUCUCUCAUAGUUCUGGCAUACGCCAAGUUUUCAGGUGCAAAAAUCACAGUUUCUCCCAUAGACUGGACAUGGAAAACUCUAACAGGGACAGUCCCAGAGUUGCUGUGUGGAGACUCUACAGUUCAAGAACCUACACAGAUUCUCAACUUUCUGAGGAAACAUAGGUUUAAUGCAGACUAUGAGCUUUCAGCCAGACAAGGAGCAGACACAAUGGCAUACAUCGCUCUGCUUGAAGAGAAACUACGACCAGCUCUGCUGCACACAUUUUGGGUGGAUGCAGAAAACUACGCCAAUCUGACACGGCCAUGGUUUGCCUCUCGCUCGCCUUUCCCUCUUAACUUUCUCGUUCCUAAUCGCCAUGCCAACAUUGCCCUCUCCCGCAUCCUUCUAACCAAAGGAGAGGCGCCACUGCACAGAAUCACUGAGGUAGAGGGAAAGAUCUACAGUGAUGCUAAAGAGUGCCUGAAUCUCCUCUCCUACAGACUGGGAACGGCAAACUACUUCUUUGGCAACUCGCCGACCAGUCUGGAUGCCUUUGCAUUUGGUUUUCUGGCUCCAAUUUACAAAGCGGGUCUCCCCAGCAGUCCUCUGCAGAGCCACCUCAGACAGCUGGACAACCUCACAAGCUUCUGUGACAACAUCCUCGCAGUCUACUUCAGCUCGGACCACCCUUGUCCUCCUCCACCUGUUCAGGAAACAAUGGAUGCCAACCUGCAGAAACUAACUCAGCUUGUAAACAAAGAGUCCAACUUGAUAGAGAAGAUGGAUGACAACCUUCGCAGCAGCCCUCAGCACAAACCCCACAGACCAGACCCCAAACCCAGUCUGGCCAGUGAGAAAAACUCAACUCCUGCCUAACCCCUGACCUGUCAACCCUGAUCCAGCCUUAUGAUCGGAGGAGGAACAGCCUGUAGAUGAAAGGUGCAGUUCUGAAUCUGACUCAACGUCCUCAAAUAAAAAAAUGUUAUCCAGCUGAACUAUAGUUUGAAUGGAAAAUAACCUAAUAAUUAAUGGAAUGACUAUAUAAUUAUCAAAGAGACUAUUUUACAGAAGCGUAAUGAUGAUAGAUUUCAAAGAUGCUGGUCUGAAAGAGAAGGAAAAGUGCAUGUGUGAGGAUUUUUAAAAAGGUUGAGCGCAUGUAUGUGGUUAUGGAUGGAAUGCUAUGAAGUGGUGUUUAAUGAGGAAAAAGCAAAGUUCAAAGGAAAGCUGAAGGAAAUGAAAAGUCCAGCAGGGAAAAGAAGUGGUGAUGUUUGACCUCUGGAUGGACCACUUAACCUCUUCUUCCAUUUGUUUUCUGUAAGAUAGAUAUAUUUUAAGUUCAAGUUUUUUGGUUUUCCCUCACUCUACAGUUGAUGCACCGUAGGAAACAUAGAAACAUCCUCACCAGUUUCAUGAGGAUUUUGAUAUUUGUUAAAGCGGAAAUAGAUGACAUAUCAACUUUCCCCCCUCAUCGCUUUACGUUUUCCUCAAAGCCUAUAACUACCAACGACACAAAGCACACUGCAUUUUGUUUUUCACAGUUACUUCUGUAUAAAUUGAGCCUUCAUUUUUCCAGGAGCUCGUACCCAGUGGCCGACAGAAUUGCAUAGUGAAAGCAAUGCUAUAGGUGGUGCAGGAAUGAGUCCUUAAACCUGGAAAUGAAUUAGCAUUAUUGCAUUCCUGGUUCCCUCGUCUGAAAGUCAGUGGGUUAUUUGAAUGGAUUUUUUUUAGAUGCCUGAAAUAAGGUCUGUGGUUAACAGUUAACACAAGUAUAAGAUAUAAGAGAUAGAGUACAUCAGUAAAUACCCUACUCGUGAAUUUUGAAGCCUUUCGGGAGCUUAAAAAAAGUUUGCCACAGCAGAAUGUCAUCACAAGGAACACGGCUGUACAGCCUUGUUUUGGUGUUGAAGUUAAGUCAUGUGACCGCGGUGUAGUUUGUUUAUAGCCUAACGUUAGCUUGUUACCUCUGACGAUUGUAUUUAGCUUUCAAAAAUUAUGAAAGUGGUGUUCAUUUGUGACGAUUACCUUGCUGAACACACCCUGUAAGCAUCAUAAACUUUUGUUUUUUUCUGCAAUAAUGCAAAAUCCAAUGGAAAAAUGCCAUUGACUUUUUGACGAGGGAGCCAGGGUGACGCUAACUUCCACAUCAGCCUAAAGAAAAACACCAUCCCUGCAGAACUGUAUUAGGGAACCAGUCUAAACAGCAAUGGGGUCAUUAUUUUUUAGCCACUACAUCAUGCAUUCAACAUUUACUUCAUUAUCAUAAGUUAAAGCAAAAAAACGUGUGUAUUUACACUUUAAAGAUACACUGAUACUAAGAUAGUACAGUGUUGUGCUAAAGCACCUAGAUUUUUUUAGUUGUGUUUCUCCAGUUUAUAAAUCUGUGUCUUCUCAUGGAGGACCUCAGAUCCUUCAGCAGCGCUCUGAGCGUACGUCCUUCCUCAAGUCCACUGUAAAAACAUUCUGUAAAUUCUAAUUUGAUUUAGUGUAAUGUACAGUAUGUAUGCAGUCAUGACUAUAAGGAUAUUAAUCCCUUAUUUUGCUUUGCUCUCACCUCCUCGGCUUUGUAUAGCUUGUAUAGUUGUAAAUAUUUUCAUGGUUAAAAUCAAUGCAGUUUACUGGUGGUUUCCUCUGAUAGGGCUGAUCAGCUUCUUCACAAUCUUUGCUAGAUAUACUGAGGUAAUAGAAGGGCCUUACACACUGUAUAGACAUAUUCAUGCAAAAUAUGAGGGACUAAUUUUAGUGUGUAUGUAGGACUAUCAGAAACCAGUAUGUCUCGCAGUUUAAGAUAUUGUGUCAUUAAUAAUCCACUUGCUGUUGUUGCCAUGGGUUUCCACAAUCAAUCUUGUACAACGUUUAUUUUGUUGGUUUUUCUGCCGUGUUUUCAUUUGCUGUGCCUAUUUAACAGUCAACUUGUUGAAAGUUAAGUGUCUGUCCCAUUUGGGAAUGUCUCAUUAGCUGCCUUUUUAUUUUUACUGUCUGAAUUUCUGGAAUUAGACAGUGAAAUGAGUUGCCACUUUUUUUCCCCUUUUACUGUCAUGUUGCCUAAUAUCCUCACAGCUCAUACAUUGCCUAACUGUGUCUAAUCCAUGUGAUUACUUUCAUUAUUUCUCUGUGUCUAGAAGUAUUAAUACUUACUACUUGUUGCAACUUCCAGAAAUAACUUCAUGGUUACAUUCCCUUUAAAGCACCAUAUCCUGAAACAAAAGCAUUCAUAUGUGUGUGUGUGUGUGUGUGCUGCCAGUUACAAAACGCUGUUGGACAACAAACAGGCUUGUGAGGACCAUAUGGGUGCAGUGUGUGCCUUCAUGACUGCUGGUGUCUUUGUACACUUGUCAGAAUAUGACCAGUGUCCUUCAUAAUUUUGAUACAUUGCCAUAAAUUAUCUUUGUCACUUCUGUUACUGUUGUUCGUCCUCUGCAGAUAGUUGGAAACAACUGUCGUCAUGUUAUUGAAAUACAAAUAUGAUAAUCCAA